GGGGAGAACUUGACUGCUACAGGACAAGACUCGGGCGAUCAAGUUAAGGUAGGGCGGCGGAGGGAUCUACCAUAAAAUAAACCAUUUCUCAUGGUUACAUUUACCCUGUGUUUAUAUCAAUGGGACCCUGUUUGCCCAGAUGUGAUAAAUGGCAUCAUUGUUACACCAGGUAAAAAUAUACUAGUCUUGUACCCAUACACCGGAAACGGCGUAUCGUAAGAUCCUCUCUCACAGAUAGUCAGUCUUGACUGGGAUCAAGAACGUUCCUUGAAGUUGCUUGGACUUAAUUCUAUUUGUCUCAGUAGCUCACAAUUUUGGGUGAUCGUUUCCUUUCCCUGGUGCGGAAAUAAAUUUAUUUCGAUAUUCGCCCUUACGUCUCCUAUUGAUAUUAAUGUGCGAACUUGAAGCGCAGUGGUUCUUGAAACAAACGAUUCUUUUGUUUCACUCGUUACAAAAUUUGAGAAACAAAAACAAUGUUUGUAAACAGUGAUGUCUUCUAUUGGAUUCUAUGAUGCUAAGCGAAGCCAUCGCAACAUUUUCGGUCUGACUGUUAUAACUAGAAGGAUGAAGCGCUUAUUCACACUUAACUUUUUGUAUUUCACUUUUAAACUCGCUAUUCUGAAUUUAUCUUCCCUUUUCGGGCGAGAAUAAGCGUAUUUCCUUACCCCCCCUAAUCUACUGACCAAAGCAGUUCAUGGCGGGCAAAGCGGAAAGUUAUCGGUCACCAAGUAAUUUUUCACAAACUGCGUUGGUCAAUCAAAGUAGAAUUGAAUAGCUAAAUUUUUUCGCCAAAAACCCGAGAAGCGUUAAAAAUUGAUCUUUUCACGGCUCUUUUAGUUUUUGACGUUUGAUUAAAGAUUUUCGAGCCCCGAGGCAGACCCGACUACGAUCCUUUUUAAGAUUGGCAAGUUUUGACAACAUCUGCAUGGUAGAAAUUCAAAAUCACGCAUUGGGGCGUAGUGCGAACGGACUUAACAAACCCGGAACAGCAACAAGCCUUUUUUUAUUUUCAGAAUGGCUGUAUAAAGGUGAAAUCGCGUUGCCCUUGUUAAGUCGUGAGGUUAAAAAAUAUUAAAGUGUUGAUAGUUGUUAUUCCUUGGUAAGUUGCGCUCCUUAAGCUGAACUCCUAUAUAGCUCCUAUUGACCUCAUUCAUCAUGUUUUUAGAGCGAGGCAGAAUCGACAGAAAUACCCGAAGAGUUUGAAGACAAACCCGGUGACCAGUCCACUCGCAGUCGUUCAGUUGUGUCAGAGGACGUCAAAACUGUAUCACCAUCCGCUUCUCACUCCGCCAGCAUCGCCGAAGAGCUGCCUAGCUACCAGUCUCCUGGAGCGAGCCGAUCCGAGUCGCGCCCGACUUUUGAGUCGGCCCGCGGUGACUCUGCUUCGGGAGAAAGGAAGAGACCUUUGUCCGAG